GUGAGAGAAAUAAUUCAAAUUGUGGAAAUAUUGAUAACAUACCGUCUAGUGAUGAUAACAGUGCACCAAUCUAUUGAUACAUAUUUUCUGGCUGAACUUUUUGAAUAUAAAAGUUUAGAGUUGAUAAAACUAAUGCAGAGAACUUCAUUGAGUCGACGGCAGAGUUUGGAAAUUGUGAAACAAAACUUUCACGAUAUUGUGGUUUAUCAACAAGAACUUUACGAGUGUUUCAGAUUGAUAAGGGAUAUAAUAGGUGGAAUAAUAGCACCAGGAGUAACGGUGUUUAUACCAGCCGCUGCGACUGUCUCAGUAGCUUUCAUGAGGGAUUUCAAUAUCGCCUACUUACAAGUGUUUGUAUUAACUAUUAUUUUAUGCUACCUCUGCGUGGAUUCCAUUCAGAGAAUUACAGAUUUGGGUGAAAUUAUUCAAGAGACUGCUUAUGGCAUGGAUUGGUAUGAAAUGGAUAAGAAGAUGAAUAAUGAAUUCAUUAUUUUCCUUAUGAAACUUCAAUUGCCUCUUGAGAUCAAGUCAUUUUGGUUCGUUAUGCAGAAGCCUUUAUAUCUCUCGGUAACUUUCUUCUUGCUAAUGAUUUUUUAAUAAUUUUUGCUAUUGCCGUGUGUUUUUAUCUACUUCUCCGC